GGCUUGGAGUAGUGUGUAAUGUGUAUAUAAAAUUGUUCUAUCAAAGUGUAAAAUAAAUAUAUGUAUUUGUAAAUGUACCGAGAAAAGCCGAGAGUUUAUUCGCGAUAAUAUUCUCUUCAUAUCGCGGCUGAUCGCGGCUUAAACCCGGCAGGCUGGUGCUUCCGCAAUAAAAAAAAAAAUAUAAAAAAAUAUAAAAAAAAACAUCCGGAAGUGAUCCUGGUGCUAUUGGAGAUACUGGAUGAUAGUCAAUAUCUUCAGGUGCUUCAAUAAAUCAGAAAUAAAAUUAUAAAAAGUUUUUUAUUAUUAUUUAUUUUAAUUAUUGAUUAAACAAAUAAUCAUUUAAAAAAAUUUCGGCGUCCUCACAACGAAUUAUCAGCUCAACAUUUUUGUGUCUUUUUCAACACCUUGAAAUAUAUAAAAAAAAAAAAAAAAAAUAACAUCAUUUAUACACAUCAAAAGUUUGACAUAUUUAUACAAUAAAAAAUUUUGUCGAUAAAAAUAACAAUUGACAAGAAACAAUAAUAAUCAUCAACAAUGGGUAAAACAUUUUGUCAAUCAUGUAAAAAAAAAUGUAGCGGUGAAGUUUUAAGAGUACAAGACAAGUACUUCCACAUAUCUUGUUUUAAAUGUGCACAAUGUAAUUCAAGUCUUGCACAAGGUGGUUUUUUUGCCAAAGAAGGUGCAUAUUAUUGUACCAAGGAUUAUCGUGAACGGUGGGGAACAAGAUGUGCUGGAUGUCAUGAAUAUGUUGAGGGUGAUGUUGUAACUGCUGGUGAAAAACAUGCAUUUCAUCCAAAUUGUUUUCAUUGUCAAAGAUGUAGACAACCUUUACUUGGUCAAGGAACAAAAGUAACACUUGUACAAGGUCAAGCAUUGUGUCAUCGUUGUGUUGUUAUACCAGUACGUGAAGCAACAACACCAAUUGGUAAUAAAAUAAUUGAAAAUAAUAAAAAUAAAAAUACAACAAAUAAACAAGCUAAUGGUGAAACUGGUGCUUGUGCUGGAUGUAAUGAAAAAUUACAAGAAGGACAGGCACUUGUUGCACUGGAUAGACAAUGGCAUGUAUGGUGUUUCAAGUGUCAGAGUUGUGAUAGUGUACUUCAUGGAGAGUACAUGGGAAAAGAUGGUGUACCAUAUUGUGAAAAAGAUUAUCAAAAACAAUAUGGUGUUAAAUGUGCGUACUGUAGUCGUUAUAUUAGUGGAAAAGUACUUCAAGCUGGUGAAAAUCAUCAUUUUCAUCCAACUUGUGCACGUUGUACAAAAUGUGGUGAUCCAUUUGGUGAUGGUGAAGAAAUGUAUUUACAAGGUGCUGCAAUAUGGCAUCCAAGAUGUGGUCCAGGACCAACUGAUACAAAUGGUAUUAUUAAUGGUAAUGGUAAUGGUACAUCUGAUAUUCAUACACCACAACACAGAGAAUCUGAACCAAUAUCAAGUAGUGCCUCAGAAAUACAGUAUUCAUUGAGAUCACGUACCCCGAGUCUCAACGGAUCAUUUUGCAGUCCUUAUAGCAGCUUAAGUCGCAAGCAGGCUUAUUAUCCAGCACGAACUGGAAGUCCAGGUUUAAUAUUACGAGAAUAUGGCAGAGGUGAUGAUAUAUCAAGAAUAUGUACUUAUUCAUAUUUAACUGAAACACCAAGUCAAGGAUAUUUAAGACGUCCAAUUCAGCCUUAUGAUAAACCACCAACAAGUCCUCAUUUUCAUCGUCCAAAUUCAUCAAGAUCAAUUAGAAGUAGUGGUGGUCGUAGUAGUAGAUCAGGAAUGCGUGCUUUGGUUGAUGCAUUGAGUGAAACAAGACCAAAAUCACCAGCAGCUAAUAGUCAAGCUGAUAAUGAUGAACCAAUUGAAUUGGCACAUUAUCCAGAUGCAAUGAAACCACCACCUGGUGCUAAACCACCAAUUGAACGUGAUGAUUUUCCAGCACCACCAUAUCCAUAUACUGAUCCUGAACGACGUAGGCGAUGGUCAGAUACAUACAAAGGAGUUUCUGAUGAUGAAGAUGAUGAUGUUAAAAUAAAUGAAGACAAAGAUCGUAUAAAUUAUUCAGAAGGUGAAAAAAAUUAUAUAAAAGGAGUUGAAAAAAAAUUAAAAAAAGAACAAGAUGAAUUGAGUAAAAUUGGUUCUGGUAUUGCAACUGUAUUUCUUCAAGAUAUCGAAAAAAAUCGUGAAAAUUUACGACAUAGAGCUGCUAAUGUUGAUCCAAGAAAUGCAUCAAGAACACCAUCAGCAGCUAGAGAACCUACAUACAGACUUCGUUAUGAAAGUCCCGUUGGUGCUUCUCCCUCGAGAAAUAUUGAUCAUGCUCGACUUUGGGAAGAUGACGACGGUGUCAGUUGUAGAUCAAGCACUGGUCCAAGUUACAACGCCGGAAGAUCAUCAACUCGUUCCCCAGCACCCAGAUAUUAUUCAACUUUCGGUAAUCAACGUGCUUCGACACUUCCAAAUGCUGCUAGACACUAUCAAUCGGGUGAUUUUUCAUUCAGUGGAGGGCUAUGCGAUAAAACUCACAGCACAGAUUUUUCUUCCGGUAAAUCAGAUAUUUCAACAGGCAGCAUCACAGACGUGGAUCGCAGGGCACUGGUAUGUACAUCAGCCCCGUACUACUCACGAAGAAUAAGCAUGAAUGACGUUGGUGUUAUGCCUUCAUCAACGACGUACACAGGAGGUUUAGUCACAGUAGGAAGUCACGGUCAUCAUAUGCGAAGAUCACUGCCGGACAUGGGUGCCGCACCAACCGAACCACCAAAGCUAUAUCCUUAUCACUUGCUUAUCAUAACAAACUAUAGACUGCCUGCUGAUGUUGAUCGUUGCAAUCUCGAGCGACACUUGUCAGAUGCAGAGUUUGAAGUUAUUCUUCAAUGUAGUCGCACUGAAUUUUACCGGAUGCCACAAUGGCGUCGUAAUGAAAUAAAACGACGUGCUCGUCUCUUUUAAAGAUAACAUUACAAAAUGAAAAAAAAAAGAGGAAAAAUAAUAAUAAUACAAUUAAAAUUUAUACAUUUCAUUCUUCUAUUGUCAAACAAAUGCACG